AUGAAGACCAAAAGACAAAUAGAAGAACUUAAGCGGAAACAGUAUCAGAGGAAAAGGGAUUCCAAACUUGUUGAAACGGAAGCACGGCGAGGUAGCUGGAAUGCUGUGCAGAGCUUGAGGCCAAACUUGAAGAAAAGAGCAUUUAGCCAAGAAGAAGAACAGUUCAUUGUUGAAAUGCAUGCCAAGAUGGGGAAUAAAUGGGCACAAAUGGCUGAACAUUUGCCUGGUCGAACAGAUAUAUAA